UUUAACAGAUAUGGAAAAUCUAGUAGCAAAUUGCUUUGAAAACUCUGAAGAAAAUGGCCACGUACGCUUCUCUGGAACUUUAAAAGUUGAUGAUGAUUUUAUUAACAAUACGUCGAGUGAAAGUCAAGAAAGUGAAAAUCAAGAAAGUGACAAAGAAAUUAUUUACCGUAACAUAGCAGAAUCACUUCUCAUUAAAAAAUUUGUAGAUCACGUAUUGGUUCAAUUUUUGUAG